AUGAUCAACGGUGAAAACUAUGAUAUGCAGCAACGGGCAUACCAGCAAGAUCAGGGUUCCUACGCCGCUGCUAUUAGGUUCGUACAUUAUCUACACCCCAAUAUUUACGCAACGGUCAAUGUCAUCGAUGGGUUUGACUCGACAGUUCGUGAAAUAAUAAUGUGCCUCUCAAGCGACUACGCAGCAUCUACACCAAAAGACAAACAAAUAGUUAAAGAAAAAGGGUUCGAAAAUGUUGGAUUUUUAGAGUACACAAAACAAUUACAACCACUUUACACUCCUCCAAGUAGGAAAUUAUUAAGUACAAAGUUGCUGCCUGAUCAGUAUAACAUAAUUGUUUCUAAGCUCAAAUCUAUGUUAAACAACGUAAAUGAUGUGUCUAUAACAACAGAUAUGUGGACAUCUGAUUCCCAAAAAUCCUAUAUUACUGUUACUUGCCAUUUUAUUUACAACGAUAAUUUAUACUCGCCAGUUAUUGCUACCAGAGAAGUAUGCGAAAGUCAUACCGGAGAAAAUAUUGCUUCCGCACUAUCAUAUAUUUUUAAUGAAUGGAAUAUAACUCACAAAAUAGUUACAAUAGUGUCUGACAGUGGAGCAAAUAUAAAAAAUGCUAUUAAUAAACAUCUGAAAAAAUAUCACCACCCAUGUGUAGCUCAUACCUUAAACCUAAGUGUUAAUGAUGCCAUAAAUAAAAACACAGAACUUCUCCAGGUAUUAAAAACUUGUCGAGCUAUAGUGGGUCACUUUAAACACAGUAGUUAUGCAACUGAGAAAUUACGUGAAUUUCAAAAACAUAUGGGCCUCCCUGAGUUAAAAGUUAAGCAGGAUGUGAGCACUAGGUGGAAUUCAUGUUUAAUUAUGGUUGAAAGGCUCAUUGAAAUAAAAAAUCCAAUAUCUGCUGCAAUGUCGUCUCUCCGACGGGCUCCAAAUUGUCUGACUGCGACAGAAUGGGAUUUAAUAGCAGAUUGUGCUCCAAUUUUAAAACCAUUUGAACAUAUGACGUCAGAGUUGUCCGGAGAAAAAUAUCCAACAUUGUCCUUGGUAAUACCACUAAUAAGAGAUCUUCAAUACACAGUCAAAAAUAUAAAACCAGAUACUCAUGCAGGUAUAUUGCUACAAAAUACAUUAUUAGAUGUAGUAGCGAGGCGUUUAGGAUCUCUAGAAAAAAAUAGUAUAGUAGCAAAAUCGACUUUCUUAGAUCCGAGACUUAAAAAAACUGCAUUUGGACUUGCUGAUAAUGCAGACAAUACUGAAAAAUGGAUAAUAGAAGAACUUACUCCGAAUAUAUAUAUAUUAAUAACGACGAUGAAAACAUUAGAAACAAUAUAA